AUGUUUCUACUUGGCCGAUUAACGGUCCCAGUUCAGCAGCGGCUGACUGGUGUGCUUUUUUAUCCCCCGUUGAAUUUAAUUCUUUGUCACACAAAUAGCGUUUUGCACAUUUUUGAUGGGUCAUCGUGUCGGUUCUUGCGCAGUGUUGUUCUCUCUAACACUAGUGAAAAAUUAUCUCUUUGUUAUUUGGGAAACAGUGGUUGCCUUGUGGUCACUUGUGGUACCACAUUUAAUGCCCGUUCUCAUUACGCGGAUGUUAUCCUCCUGGACGACAUUCUUUGCGGAUCAAUUGAAACCCCGGAGCAAAACACUACACUAUCUUUUCGAAACGACCAGUUACCUGGGUUGAGUGCCAUGUUGGUUACUGAGGAAAACAAGCCUACACUGAAAGGUUCUUGCCUCAAUGUUGAGCGCUGCGAGGUUGAUUUUCACAGAGACUCUAAGUUCAACACUGUCAGCAUACAAGGGGCUUUCUCCAAGUUAGUUUCCUGGUUCCAGGUAUUUUCUGAGCAUCAUGAGUUGGCCGGCGUUCCUCUACCUGCUCUUACUCCUUGCUUGAAUUAUCGAUUGCUACGCCUAUGUACUUCGGACGUGGAAGCCAUGUCCAUGGCGUAUUGGAGAACAUCUCUGAUGAACGUUGAGGGCUUUAGGCGUUUGACGUUUACUAACUGGCCGCAUAUGGAAUACCGGUGA